CGUCGUGUUAUGCUCGCAGAUGACUGAGGAGCCAGCUGCUCACAAGAUCUAACUUUUUUUUUCUUUUUUAUCUGUUUUUUUAAUUUCCACAUCGUUUCAUACCAAUAUGGCAGAAUCCAGGCGUGAGGAGGAGGAGGAGAACGAAGGGGAGCGCACAAGCCAGGCAUCGGAUGGUGCUGAAAGAACCAAGAACCAAGAACAUUCGCAUUCCAGUCCAGGACCUCUCUCCUCAAUACGAGCUGCUAUCAAACGAACGAGAACAAACUCUCAGAGCAACAACAGAGACAGGAGGCGACCACAGAUCACCUUUGUAGCAGCAGAGCCUCUGACAAGUAACACCUGGUUCACAGGAUCCUCAGUGGUUUCCCCUCCUCCUCAGCCAGGCUCUGUUUCCCAGGUGAUCAAAGAGAAGACUGGGGAGGAACACACUGUAAAGCCCACUGCAGCCCCCCGCCGGAGCAGCUGCACAGCCACAAGCGCCACACAGACUGACCCUGCCGCUGCCGUCACACAGCGUGGUGACACUCCACCGUUAGCGGAGAAAAGACCUGCUGGUACAAAGCCACAAAAGCCACCCAGGCCCUCGCUGCCGAAACAAGCAGACAGAACAGCAGCAGAGAAGGUUGCGACAAAUACUGCAGCGCUCACGAACGCUGAGGACCAAAGUGAUCCUGACUCUGAUGGAAAGCAACUUCGACAGCAAGACUCCACGCGCACGUGCGUCCGAUCUGUAACUGUCCACUGGAACAUUCCCGCAAACCAUCCUUCUGUUGCCCCUGAACCUGGUGACGCCACUCUUUCACCUUCAAACUCCAAUCGCAGCCAACGUCCCGUUCCACGCCCUCGCACGAAAUCCCUUAAGCAAGCAACUGAAAAGGAGGCUAAAGUUCAGACUUUGGUUGAAAUCGGUGAAAGUUUUGAGGAUAUUCAAUCUGAUAACCAGGAGUUCCACUCAAAUAAGUAUUUAAAGGACUUGUUGGAGGUUUUGGGUGCAGAUAACGAGUGCGAGCAGGGCGGUGGCAUCACUGAUCAAGCUGACAAAUCCUCGCAAAGUGAAGAUGCUCCUGACGAGAUGAGCGGCAGCAACAAUCAACGUAGCAUCCGGGCCAAGAUCCAGGCCUUUGAGAGCCAGGCUACCGGCGAGGACGGAAAUGGGAAUGAAUCUAGCAAACCGCAGCUUCCUGCCAGGAAGCCAUCCAUUAGACCUCCGGUUGCUGCUAAACCUUUUGUAGCUCUCAAACCUCCGUUUACCCCGAGUAUAGACGAUGACAGUCAAAACAUAUCGGGGGCAAACCUCUUUAAAAACCCUACGACAGCCCCCAGACCUCAGCCUCCUGAGAAACCCGCAGGUCGAUCAAUAAGGGAGGAGCUGGAGGCUUUACACAGCAAGGGGGCCAUGUCACAAAUAUCACGCCCUCCGCUGACCAGAAUCAGUCCGGCGUAUGAGGAAGAAUCUUCACCUUUUCCACCUGAAUAUUCACCUUUUCCACCUACACCUCCGGUGAAGGAACCACUCAAACCCAAUCUGAAUAUAAACAACCACAACUCGGCCUCCGUGGUCAGAGAGAAUGAGUAUGUGGAGACUCCAAUAACAAUGAACCACAAAAAAAGCCUGCAGUCCAGCUUGUCCCUCCAGGAGCCUUUCAGUGCUAUGCCAAUGCCAUCUCUGCCACCUCGGAAGCCAAGUGUGAACAAAAGCCUGCCACCUCGCCCACCUGCUGCCAAAAUAGCCCCGGGAAGGCCUCCCCAAAGCUUCAAAGCCACAGGUCGCUCUCAGUUGCUGUCAUGGGACGCUUCACCUAAACUCCAGCCAGAGAAGCCCCAGAGGAAAGAACUCGUCUUACCCCCAAGGCCCAACCCAGGCCACCGCCUCUACAACAAAUACACUUUGCAGCUUCCCCAUGGGAUUGCAAGCUUUGACUACAAAGGGAGUAGUUCGAGAGAGCUGUCAUUUCAGAAAAACGAAGUGCUGCUGCUGCUCAGAGAAAUUAAUCACAAUGAAUUGGAGUGCCAAGUUGGACAAACUAGAGGAAAAGUCCACAAGUCCUGCAUGAAGAUUAUAACUCCCCUUUCCUCGGAUGAAUCUUCACCACAGGAUUCUGACCAAACUGGGCUAAAGGUGCAGGUCGUACAUGACUUCGAUCCAGAGGGCCCCGGAGAGCUGAGUCUGAGAGCGGGAGAUAUUGUGGCCAUGGUGGAGAAGGUGGACAGCGAGUGGUACAGAGGCACCUGUAGGGGAUCUACUGGUUUCUUUCCCAUCAAUCAUGUCAAAGUCCUGUUGGAUUCACCAAAAUCCCUCCCAGAAAGGAAACCAAAGCCGCCACCAACACCCGCAAAAGUCAGUGGUCCCAGGUGUAUGGCGAGGUUCGACUUUGAAGGGGAGCACAGUGAUGAGCUGUCGUUCUCUGAGGGUGAUGUGAUCCAGCUGAAGGAGUAUAUGGGACAGGACUGGGCACGGGGACAGAUCGGCGGCCACACUGGCAUCUUCCCCCUUAACUUUGUAGACGUCAUUGAAGAUCUGCCUCCACCCCCGAGUCAGAAACCCAGUAAGAAGGUCGCACUGCCCGGGAUGGCUGCCGCUUCUCCCAGCAUACACCCUGAGGCUGGCAAACCUGCUCAGGCGUCUCACUCUGACGUGGAGUGGGUGGUGGCUCUGUAUGAUUAUCCAGGGAGGACGGAGGAAGAGCUGUCCUUUCAACAGGGCGACUGUAUCCUCGUCACCAAGCACAUCGAUGCUGAGUGGAGCUCUGGCAGGCUCAACGGCAGGGAGGGCCUCUUCCCCAGGAAUUAUGUGGAAAGCACCACAGGCCAGCAGCCGUUUAAUAACCAGGAGAAUGGAGCUGCUGGAGGCGGGAGAGCCAGGGCUCUGUACAGCUUCGCAUCAACCUGUGAUGAGGAGCUCUCCCUGCGGGUUGGGGAUAUUAUAACCAAUCUCGAGUCCAUAGAUGAUGAAUGGUUUUUAGGGGACCUGAGAGGCAAACGGGCCUUGGUUCCUAAAAACUACGUGCAAGUACUGGAUUAAAGCCACACGGACUGUUGGUGCAAAGCACAGCUGGAUGACCUGAAGCUCCAGUGACCCUGUUUACAGCAGAAGCGUGAACUGACUUUAAGUUGAAUGCAGUAUUUUAUCUACAAGUAAUCCAACUUUAAGUCCACUUGAAAAAUGUUUACAGAAUCAAUAAAAAUAUUACAGAUGGUG